UUACGAUGAUAUCGAAUGAGUGAUAAUGUAGAGGUCAAAUAAAUUUUGUGUUUGUUUUUUCUAUUAGUUUGGUCCAACCGUCAAAUCAAAUGAUAAGACUUAUUUGGUGUUAUUAUGCCGUAUCGAGAUUACUUUUUUAAAGAGGUAAAUAAAAACUUGUUGUGUUUCAAAAAUACACCCAAUAUUAUAAUUCUGUUUCGGACACGAGAUUGAUUUAAGUAUUAAAAGGUUCGCAUGUGAUCUCACUCGCGCCUCUAAGCAAUUUCUUCUUUGCAUAUCUCCCGAAGAAUAUACCUGUGACACUCUCUUACAUAAAUAAAUUUAUUGUUAUAUUUUAAUAAUAAUAAUAAUAGCAAUACAAAAGAGGUCGACAACAUCUUAGUUUUAUAAUUCUUUGGAAGAAUUUUAGUUUUCAAUUUUUAUAAAAAGUUCAAAAUUACAUUCAAAGUUAAUUUCUAAUCCUGAAAUUUGAACAAUAUAUAUGUUCAAAAUGGUAAAUAGGGUUUCUCAAAUCUCCAUUUUUCAAAUCUCUAAUUUUCUCAGCCGAGAAAGUGAGAGAAAAUAGAAAGAAAGAAAUGUCAGUGUCUCGAUCAAAUUCAAAUCCCAUCCCCACUGCCCCUACAAAAGCCGCUUCCACAUUCACUCCUUCAUGCAAAUGCUCUCCCCUUCUCCCCUGCGAUUUCCCCAAUUUCCCGCAUUUUCGAUCCCAAAAUGAGAGAGAUUCUUCACAUCCAGGCCGGACAAUGCGGCAACCAGAUCGGCGGCAAGUUCUGGGAGGUGAUGUGCGACGAGCACGGCAUCGACGCCGCCGGCAACUACGUCGGCAGCUCCCACCUCCAGCUGGAGAGAGUGAACGUCUACUACAACGAGGCCAGCGGCGGCCGGUACGUUCCUCGGGCCGUACUCCUGGACCUGGAGCCCGGCACCAUGGACAGCCUCCGAACGGGGCCGUACGGCAAGAUCUUCCGGCCGGACAACUUCGUCUUCGGCCAGAACGGCGCCGGCAACAAUUGGGCCAAGGGGCACUACACGGAGGGCGCGGAGCUGAUCGAUUCGGUUCUCGACGUGGUUCGCAAGGAGGCCGAGAAUUGCGAUUGCUUGCAAGGGUUUCAGAUAUGCCAUUCGCUCGGGGGAGGGACGGGAUCGGGGAUGGGGACGCUGCUGAUAUCGAAGAUAAGGGAGGAGUAUCCGGACCGGAUGAUGCUGACGUUCUCGGUGUUUCCGUCGCCGAAGGUGUCGGACACGGUGGUGGAGCCGUACAACGCGACGCUGUCGGUGCACCAGCUGGUGGAGAACGCCGACGAGUGCAUGGUUCUGGACAACGAAGCCCUCUACGACAUCUGCUUCCGUACUCUCAAACUCACCAAUCCCAGCUUCGGUGACUUGAACCAUCUGAUCUCCACCACCAUGAGCGGCGUAACCUGCUGCCUUCGGUUCCCCGGCCAACUAAACUCCGACCUCCGGAAGCUCGCCGUAAACCUGAUCCCUUUCCCUCGCCUCCACUUCUUCAUGGUGGGUUUCGCCCCGUUAACCUCCCGCGGCUCCCAGCAGUACCGGGCCCUGACCAUCCCGGAACUCACCCAGCAAAUGUGGGACGCCAAGAACAUGAUGUGCGCCGCCGACCCCCGCCACGGCCGCUACCUCACCGCCUCCGCCAUGUUCCGGGGCAAGAUGAGCACCAAGGAGGUGGACGAGCAGAUGAUCAACGUCCAGAACAAGAACUCCUCCUACUUUGUUGAGUGGAUCCCCAACAAUGUCAAGUCCAGCGUCUGCGACAUCCCCCCCGUCGGCCUCUCCAUGUCCUCCACCUUCAUGGGCAACUCCACGUCCAUCCAGGAGAUGUUCCGACGGGUCUCCGACCAGUUCACUGUCAUGUUCCGGAGGAAGGCUUUCUUGCAUUGGUACACCGGCGAGGGGAUGGACGAGAUGGAGUUCACCGAGGCCGAGAGCAACAUGAAUGAUCUGGUGUCUGAGUAUCAGCAGUAUCAGGAGGCUGUAGCUAAUGAUGAUGAGGAAGACGAUGGGUACGAUGAGCAUGAAGUUGAUCGUGCAACUUAACCAUGAUCAUCAAUUUCAAGUAUAUAUAUAUAUAUAUAUAUGAUUUUGUUGUCGUUAUUGUGGUUGUGAGUCUCGAGUGUGAAUAAGAAGGGCGGCCGAACAUUAUUCCUUCCUUCUUGUCGGUGUAAGUUCUUUGUGUCAUUGUUUCAUUCAUUUGGAUAUCUAUGUGGUUAUAUUGUGUGUUUGUAAAUAUAUACUGUUUGAUUGUUAUGUAUGUACGUAUGAUAUAUAUAUAUAUAUAGUAAAUGAAUAUGGUUUACUUUUGAUUUUA